AUGGCUGAAGCCGUCCAUUACAUCCACCUGCAGAACUUCAGCAAGUCCCUGCUGGAGACACUGAACGGGCAGCGCCUGGGCGGGCACUUCUGCGAUGUGACUGUGCACAUCCACGAGGCCACCCUGCGGGCCCACCGGUGCGUGCUGGCCGCUGGCAGCCCCUUCUUCCACGACAAGCUGCUGCUGGGCUACUCGGAGAUUGAGGUGCCCGCCGUGGUGCCCAGCCAGGUGGUGCAGCAGCUGGUGGAGUUCAUGUACAGCGGCUCCCUGGUGGUGGCGCAGUCCGAGGCCUUGCAGAUCCUGACGGCCGCCUCCAUCCUCCAGAUCAAGACAGUCAUCGAUGAGUGCACCCAGAUCAUCUCCCAGAGCCGUAGCCCCAAGCCGCCCACCGCUGCCCCCUCCGUGCCCCUCGCCGUCCCCAGGCCGCUGGUCGUCAAGCCCCAGGAGCAAACCAAGGAGAGCCCAGGUGCUGUCGGUCUCCCAGCCUCCCGGCCCGGUGAGAUGGAGCCCCCUGGCACCGCCCAGCUGGAGGCCCCCAAGCUGCUGUGCGCCUCAGAGGUGCGCUACAAGCUCCGCGACCUGCUCUCCUCCCAGCAGAGGCAGCUGGGGGAGGCCAGAGAGAGGGCAGCGUCCGAGGGGGAACUGGCAGCCGCCGGCAGCGACGGUGAGGGGCCCUACAGCGGGCUGCACCCAACCGAGGCUCAGCCCAGCUGCCACAGCCGCAAGCAGCGCCAGCCGGUGCGGCUCCAGCUUUCCGACGCCUUGCCUGUCAUCAUCAAGGACGAGGAGGAGGAGGAGGAAGACGAGGAGGAGGAGGAGGGCGGGGGAAAGAUGACCUGCUUUGGGGAAUGUAGCGGGGGAGCCUUCCCCAGCUGCAGCGAGGCCAAAGACACGGGGGGCGGGAGCGGCGGAGGCGGGGCGGGCAGGAAGGACGGCGUCCAGCUAGACUACCCCGCCGUGGAGGGGCAGGAUUUCUUCGGUGGGCAGGACGUCUUCUCCGAGUCAUUCAUCCCAGCCUGGCAGAGCGAGGAGGGCGGCCAGGGGGCGGCCCGGGAGGGCGAGAAGUUCCGCACCGAUUGCAGCCUGGAGGCCUCCAACAUGAGGACGCUGGCUGGAGACUUCAAGCCAGCCCCGGCCGGCUUCCCAGCCCAGGCGCCCGAGCCCCGCAGCUUGGCGUUCGUCUCCUCCCUGGGCAUCCAGCGGGAGCUGAAAGCCGAGGUGAGCGCCGCCGGACCCGGCACCACCACCACCACCAGCAUCUUCCAGUUCCACCUGCCGCAGCCCGGCGUGGCCCAGAGCUUCUACAGCGUCCAGCAGGAGGCCGGCGCCGCCAACAUGGUACAGCUCAGCCCCGGCGCCAUGGUGACGGGCUCCCUGCACGGCGAGCAGGCCCAGCGCCCGGGGCCUUCCCGCUGCUCCGAACCCUCCUACCAGUGCAGCCACUGCCAGAAGACCUUCAGCUCCCGCAAGAAUUACACCAAGCACAUGUUUAUCCACUCAGGCGAGAAGCCCCACCAGUGCAGCAUCUGCUGGCGCUCCUUCUCACUGCGGGACUACCUGCUGAAGCACAUGGUGACGCACACGGGCGUGCGGGCCUUCCAGUGCUCCAUCUGCUGCAAGCGCUUCACCCAGAAGAGCUCCCUCAACGUCCACAUGCGCACGCACCGCCCCGAGCGCUUCCAGUGCUGUAUCUGCAACAAGUACUUCUCCCACCGCACCCUGCUCGAGCGCCACGUGGCCACCCACACCGCUUGGAAAGCCGGCGAGCCCGACGUGGCCGGAGGCGCCUGGAAGGAGAAGCCUGACCCGGGAGAAGGCGCCAGCGUCACCGCCUGGAAAGGGGACCCAGCCGCCGAGGGCGCCAUGGUGGCGUGGAAAGGGGACCCGGGCGGGGAAGGCACCAUGGUGGCGUGGAAAGGGGACCCGGGCGGGGAAGGCACCAUCGCAGCCUGGAAGGGGGACUCUGUUGCAGAGGGGGCUCUCCCCACCCAGCCUGCGUGGAAAGGGGACCCUGCUGGAGAUGGCCCCAUGCCAGCCCACACAGCCUAA